GUGAUGGGCGCCCCAUCAGUCCACCCGUCGCAGAGGCGCUUUUCUUGCCAGGUCUGCAGGAAGGACAAGUCGAGAUGUCAACGCCUGAACCGGAACGACCCCAAAUGCGCAAGGUGCACUCUGCUCGGCGUCGAGUGCACGGCCGGGCAGCAGAGGAAUGUCGGAAGGCCGCGGCGGCGAACAACAACUUCUGCCGGCCCAGGCUUGACCGUCGAGCACCCAUCGCCAGUCAAGUUGCACAACCAGCCAAUCCCCGCCAGUAUGCCUCGAGAAAAUGCUUCACUCUCUGGAGGAGGGGACCUGUUAAGCUGGAACAGCACAGUAACUCCGGCGCCUACUCCAUCACCAGUUCCUGUUCCGGCUGUGGAUGAUGCAACAUGGCCAGCCAUCGAGAUGGGCUCCUUCUCUCAGUCUUUGCCUCUAUGGGAUCUUGACCGGACCGACUCCUUGUCCAGUCCCAACUUGGGAUUCAGCAUCACAAUGCCAACUCCAUACUCGCUCGAGGCACUCCCGAAAACCGUAUCGGCCGCCAAUGGCACAUACCUCACCCCGGCCGAUAAUGUGGCGACGCGAGGGCCGGACACCAUCUACACUUCAGAUGCCAUGUUGGAGCUUUUCCGUAUGAAUCUUGACUUGCACACCCGCGUUGCAGCUGUCGAGAGGAACAAGGACACCCUGAACUUCAACAGCGUAAUCUACCGGCAGAGCGUGCUGUACAUCGACAACUCUACACUGGCCGAGUUCAUGCUCAAGACGUCUCGAGACCUCCUGCUGAUCCUCACGAGGCUUCUCAGCAGCCGAGAAUCUCGUGGCCGGCUGUCCUAUUCAAGCCUGGCAGAAGCACCAUUUCCAAAACUGGUGCCGUCGCAAACCUAUCCAAGCAACCACCAUCUGCCCAUCUCCCCUGUCGUCGCCGCGGAGGAACUGUCCGCACCCAUCGCCCUCGCCAUCACGAGCAUCUUUACCCAGAUGGUUUCGCUAUACGAGCUGAUCCUCGAAUACAUGACCGCUCGUUUGGAGCGAAUCACUACCGACCCCAUCGCCCCUAUUCCGGGUUUCACCUUUGGCGGGGUGCCCCUAGAUAAACCCUGUACGCAGGGUAUGCUAUUCUCCGAAGUCAUUGUGCAUUUGCUGGAGAGGAUAGAGCGGGUGCUGGGCAUCGGUUCGGUGCCUCUGGGUGGUGAGACGGGUCUGCUGGCGGCGAGACAGAUACAGGUGCUCUGGAGUGAGCUGGACGGAAGACGUGAGAUUAUUCCUGGUCGUGGCGUCAUGAGGCCUGCCGACUUGAGGAGGCUGUUUGGAAAAGUGGUGGACAUCUUUAGACAACAACACUAG